AUGUGCUUCUGGGAAGAUUACAAAGAGCCAGAGACUUCUUUAAUUAUUUAUCAAGGAAGUCUGAUGGAACUAAAAGUUUCAGAAGUGUUGAAAGAAAGAUAUUUCUAUUUAAAUAAGUCCUCAAUUUUGCGUUCAAGUAGCGCUUCUUCCAAAAUCACAAAAUUUUCGAGUUUAAAAUGGAAGACGACCGAACCAUUUAUUGAGGAAAGCACAACUGGUAUAAAAUAUGGCUUUCGGCUAAGGCAAGGGAUUGUGUCUCGAUAUUUUUAUACCGCUACUUCUGAUAAUUAUUUAUUAUAAUUUCUUGGGCUAUUAUUUCUCUUCGCAUAAGCCAUGCCUUUGCUUGGCUUAUCAUUCCUUAUAUUUUAAGAAGAGUUCAGGGAAUUUCUGUACCAUUAUAAUUGACAUAUUUUUAAAAAAUUCUUUACUUCUGAUCAAUUAGAUUUAUGGCUAAGUCAUUUAUCUAAAAUAGGGAUCAUGACUGACAUAAAGCACGAAUAUGAGUUCAAAAAAUUAAUAGGCUCAGGAAGCUUUUCACAUGUAUAUUUAGCUGACUUCCUUUCUUUUAUUUGGGAACAAUAAAUAUAUCGGGUAAAAUUUUCAAUUUUUGUUGCAAUAAAUCAUUUUAUAAGGUAAAUAUUAUGGUAAAAAUAUUCAUUUUUCACAUAACUAGUUUUGAUUGAAUGUAAGAGAAAAAGUGUAAGUUUCUUAUUGAAUAGGUUACUUUUUAUAUGAAUUCUUCAUAAAAAUAAAAAAUUUAAAAUAAUGGCUUAUUUAUUUAAAAAUUUUGUUUUAUAUGAAAAAUUUAAUAUAAUUUUGUUUUGAAAAUAAAAAUAAUCUCCUUUAAAUUGUAAUAGGAUUUUUUGUUCCUAUUUAAUGGAUUGGGAUUAAAGACUUAGAAGAUUCAAAGAAUUAUGCAAUUAAAUGCAUACCAAAAAUACUCCUCCAGAGUGCAAGCAGCUUGAACGGUUUAUGCAAUGAGAUAGAAAUCAUGAGAACUCUUGACCAUCCUGGGAUAGUAAAAUUGCAUAAAGUUUUUGAAGGGAAAAAUCACGUGUAUUUAGUUUUAGAUUAUAUGGAAGGAGGCAGUAUGCUAGAUAGGCUACUAAAGCGUGGUCCUUUACAUGAAGAAAGCGCAGCUAAAUUUACUGCAAAAUUUUUGGGGAUUUUGGAUUAUAAUUUUCUUAUUAAAUUUAUCAUAAAUCAUAGUAUAAUUUUUUACUAUUUUUAGUUUAUUUUAAUCAAAUAUUAUUUACUAUUUAUUCUUAAUAGGGUACCUUAAGUCAAUGAACGUUGUUCAUAGAGAUAUCAAGCUUGAAAAUAUUUUAUUAGAGUCAGAGCUUACUGAUAUAGAUUUCAAGCUUGCGGAUUUCGGGCUUGCCUGCUUCGCAAAUAAAGAAUUAACCAAAAAGUGCGGAUCUCCAGGAUACGUAGCCCCUGAAAUUUUAAGAAAACUGCCUUAUGGGCCGAAAGUAGACGUAUUUAGUUUCGGGAUUAUUUUAUAUAUGAUUCUAUCAGGCCAAGCUCCUUUUGGAGGCAAAACCCCUAAAGAAACCCUUUUAAAAAACAUUGACUGCCUUAUCCAAUUCCAUGAUGCCUAUUGGCGCAAUAUUUCAAAAAAUGCUAUAGAAAUGGUGCUGCAGCUGACAAGAUCCCACCCGUCUCAAAGGCCUAGCCCACGAGAAGCCCUCACACACAAAUGGCUUCGUUUUAACACCCUAAAAUCCUCAACGAUUUCAUUAGUUUCUUCUAAAAGCAGAGAAAAAAUCACAUUUAAAGACUUCCCUAACAUCGAAAACUUCAGACAAAGAAGAUUUUCCGCUGUAAGUAUCCAUUCCAGAGAGCCAGGCGUAGAAACUCAUAAAAAUCAUAAAUUCCCUGACAUUUCACCGGUAGCCAGAACCACAAAAAUUAAUUGGAAGUUAGAAGUUUCAUAG